AUAUAACAAACUGUUCCAUAUGCAGUUUUUAAACCAACAGUAAUUCGAGGAAAAAAUGCGAAGAAUGAAUUCAGCCGUUUGAGAAUGGUAUCUAUCUAGACCUACGUUUUGAACACCUAGCAUAGCCUUCAGGAGCAGAACGAGAGCAACACUGUGGAAUGUUAGCGUCAGUGGCUAAAGCUACGCGCUAACAGUGGCUAACAGCGGCUAACAGCGGCUAACAGCUGGCACCCCGGAAGGCCGCUGCUUCGCCGGGUGGGGAUUUAACUUUCUCUCAGCAGCACGUCUGGAUUAAAGCAACGUCCAGUCCUGAGCGCUAUGUGUUAUUACAAACCGCUAUUUGUGUAGUAUUGGUCAGAAUGGAUUCGUCUGUGGGCUUUGGGAUAAGCGACGAAGUAUGCCUUGCAAUAUCCUUUUUAUAAUAAGCCAUAUGUAACUAUCCUGAUCUCCUUGGCUAAUGUUAGCAUGAUAGCAGAUUGUGUGUGUUGGCCACUCCUGACGCUGUUGUCUCUCGACCUGUAGCCCAGCUUUCAAUACCUGUCAAUGCCAAUUUUGAGUUUCUUCGAGAAGCUGAGGAGGCUCUUCUAAUUGACUUUUCUGCAAAUUCCUUUGUACGAGUACGAGUCAAAGGAGACAAGAGCCCUGAACUGCUUUUAGAAUUUCAGGACGAUGAACGUACCCAGCUCUUUCUUACGCAAGUGAAGAGUGCUCAGGAGCAAGUUCAAUCUAAAGUUGUAAAACCGGAAGUGAUGGAGCCGCUAGCACCAGCUGCCCCGAGAGGUCCUGUGCCUAUUCCUCCUCAAAGAGGAAGUAAGGUUUCAAAUGCGAGCUCUGGAGUUGGCCCUCCAAGAAAGAACAGUUCUCUGCCCAACCUCAACAACUCUUCAGCUCAACAGAAAAAAACAGAUCCUGUUCACGCACUUGCCUCAGACUUUGGUUUUGACAGCAACAUUAACCACACUCUUAAGGUAGAAGAAAAGAAGAACCAGCAGAAUCGUUUGGUAGCCACCAGAGACCCUCCCCCUGUUCCUCCUCUCCCUCCUCGCAAGGCCUUCUCUCCAUCCAACCCUCUCCCUCCGCUACCCGUCACCAAGGACAGAGCCGCCUCGUUACAGACUAAAGAAUUUUACGCAAACACCAGACCAGACUUUGACCGUGUGGACAGAUCACCCUCUUGGUCUGACAGUCCGACCACUAACAGCAUGAGACAGGCCAUGUUCUCGAGUCAGGCAGGGCAACGCGAAUACGUCAUCAAACACAGGCUGAUCAAAAAAGAAAAGGAGUAUGUGGAUUUCAAAAACUUCAGAUUCUUUACAGGUACAUGGAACGUCAAUGGCCAGUCUCCAGACAGCAGUUUAGAGGCAUGGCUCUGCUGUGAUCCAGAUCCUCCCGAUGUCUAUGCACUUGGUUUUCAGGAACUUGACCUUAGCACUGAAGCUUUCUUCUACAUGGAUUCCUCUAAAGAACAGCUGUGGUUGGAUGCUGUGGAGAGGAGUUUACAUACCAAAGGAAAAUAUAGAAGGGUUCGAGUGAUUAGGCUUGUAGGAAUGAUGCUGGUUGUGUUUGUUAAAAAGUCCCAUUUAAAUCAAAUCAAAGAAGUUGCUGCUGAACAUGUGGGCACAGGAAUUAUGGGAAAAAUGGGGAAUAAAGGGGGUGUUGCCAUAAGGUUUGUUUUCCACAAUACAAGCUUCUGCUUUGUGAAUUCACAUUUAGCAGCACACGUGGAAGACUUUGAACGGCGCAACCAGGACUACAAAGACAUAUGUGCACGCAUGACCUUCCACUUACUAGAGCAUCCCCCACUAAAUAUUGUGAAGCACGAUGUUGUUAUCUGGCUUGGGGAUUUGAACUAUCGUCUAUUUAUGUAUGAUGCAUCUGAAGUGAAACGGCUUAUAUCUCAAAAGCAAUUAAAAACACUCCAGGAAGUUGAUCAGUUAAAUAUCCAGCGAUCAACCAAAAGAGCCUUCACUGACUUUGUGGAGGGAGAGAUCAAUUUUCUUCCUACCUAUAAGUAUGACCCAAAGACAGAUCGUUGGGACUCAAGUGGGAAGUGCCGUGUCCCGGCCUGGUGUGACAGGAUCCUGUGGAGGGGCACCAGUGUCAGGCAGCUUGAAUACAGGAGUCACAUGGAACUGAAGACAAGUGACCAUAAACCUGUCAGCUCUCUCUUCGAAAUUGGAGUCAAAGUAGUACAUGACCAGCGCUACAAAAAGGUGUUUGAGGAGAUUGUUCGAGAAAUGGACAGAAUGGAGAAUGACUUCCUCCCGUCUGUGUCCCUGAGCAGAAGAGAAUUUACAUUUGAGAACGUGAAAUUUCGACAGCUUCAGAGGGAACGCUUUCUGAUAACCAACGAUGGACAGGUCCCUUGUCAUUUUACUUUCAUCCCUAAGCUCAAUGACUCUCAGUACUGCAAAAACUGGCUCCGGGCUGAACCCAGUGAUGGACUGUUGGAUCCCAGUGAGACUCUAGAGAUUUACUUGGAGGUGUACGUGAGUAAAGAUUCAGUCACUCUGCUGAACUCUGGGGAGGACUCUAUUGAGGACAUUCUGGUGCUCCAUCUGGACCGGGGAAAAGACUACUUCAUCACUAUCUCCGGCAACUACCUGCCCAGCUGCUUCGGGACCUCGCUGGAGACGCUGUGUCGAAUGAAGAAGCCCAUCCGAGAGAUUCCUAUCACUAAACUCAUUGAUCUGGGUGAGGACAGCUACAUGGACAAGGAAAAAUCCAAGGUGAAUUUUCUGAUGAUGGAUGGAGGAAAUGGAGAAGAUCGGCCUCUGAAUAUUCCUAAAGAAAUAUGGAUACUUGUCAACCACCUGUUUACAAAGUCAUGUGAUCAGGAGGACCUUUUCCAGACGCCUGGUUUACAAGAGGAGCUACAGAAUAUCAUUGACUGUUUAGACACAAGCAUUCCAGACAUUGUCCCUGGUUGUAAUCACUCAGUAGCUGAAGCACUGCUGAUUUUCUUGGAGGCUUUACCAGAGCCAGUGGUUUGUUAUGAACUCUACCAAAGAUGCCUAGAGUGCUCGCAUGACAGCCGGCUCUGCAAACAGUUGAUAUCUCAGUUGCCACGGGCUCACCGCAAUGUGUUCCGCUACUUGAUGGCUUUUCUGAAGGAGCUCCUCAAACACUCUCACAAAAACAACCUAACAGCCAAUCUAUUGGCUACACUCUUUGCCAGCCUCCUUAUCCGGCCCCCUCCCAACUUCAUGGCCAAGCAGACAUCACCCGACCGUCAGAAAGCCAUUGAUUUUAUCCUGGGUUUUCUUAUGGCUGGAGAGGAGGAUUGAAACUGCUGUGAAACAUAAUUUAAUUUAUCGCCUUCAACCAAAACAAGUACAGUUAUUUUGCACCUGCCUUUCUUCAACUGUUAGCGGUACUUUCACCUAUGUUUGACUUAAAUAGUGGCAUUUUGGUAACGAAUUGUUCUUAAAGUUUACCUGCUGAGGCUGAUUGUGCUGCUGGGAGCCUUGUGGGAGGUUUCAAACUGAUGCCUAUGCACUUUCAGAAGACUGAAAGGACCUGUGCCUCCAGACUAGAACUAUUUUGGUUUUACAUAAAUACAUUGUAAAUAGUGAGUGGGUUGAGUGGGUAAACACUAGAAGGGUCAUAGAAUGUUACACUAAAGAUGAAGCUUUCUCUAAAAUAGAAUGAAUAUUGAAAACUUUUAGCAGAAGAUAUCAUUUUCAAACAGUAAUAAUGAUUCAUUUUGACAAUCAUCAGAAAACCUUUCCAAUAAUUUAUCAUCAUUCUACAUUUAUCUGUUAUUUAUGCAUUUCCGGAAGGGGCUUUGUCAAGUAGUUUUCUCUGUUUUAUGUUACUUGUUUUUAUCAUUAAUAAGAAAAACACUCUUUAAAUGUUUGCUGUGCUUGAGGAUAUGAUUAUGUAUAUUGUAACUGCCUUACUGAGUUAAUUUCACACUAAUGUAUUUAAAAACACUCCUUAUUGCCCAAGUUGAGACCUCCUCUGUGUUGUGUCUGCAGUGAUGUACAUAGUGUGUAUUUCAAUGUUAGGACGUGAUGCUGUCAAGAAAGCGGUACUGUUCACUUAUUGUCAAAGUUUACUUUUCUUGGUCUCUGUCACCACAAACGCUAAAAACAUUUCAUCCAUUUAAAUGUUAUGUCAAAACAGGUGGGAAUAACUCUUUCAUGUAUUUUGUAGCUAUUUAAGUUUAAGGUUUUUGUUGCAUACUAAAUUGUCUAAAUCAGAUGUAGUGUAAUUUAAACUCAAUUCUGACAAUCAUACUUUUCUAUUUUCAUUUGUCUCAAUUUUUUCAGCCUUAUUUUAUCAUUAUAUACUUUAAUCACUAGAUGUCUCCCUAGGUAUCUACAAUUAAUAGUAGCUCAAUAAUUUUAUAAGCACCAUGAAGACAAAGAGGUUUAUCUGAAACAAAUCUAAGUCUUAUAAGUUAGUUUGGGUAAAGUCUUUUCAACUUUUAACCAUCUCUGUGAGUCUUUUCUCCUCGACCAUCAUGAAAUCACUGUCAUGAUCAUUCAGUGUAGUUUAUCAUUGUAUCUGAUGAUGUAACGGUGUAGUUCUGUGUCAGACUGCCUUCACUUCAACUUUUGUAACUUUAAUUUAUUUAACUGAAAUAAAUCUGUAUGUAACUUA